AUGGCUCGCGAGGAGCUGAUCUCCUCCGCAGUCUCUUUUCUCCAAGAUCCCUCGGUUUCUUCCGCACCCCUAGAGAAAAAGAUCGCUUUUCUUCAGUCAAAGAAUUUAACCAAAGAAGAGAUUGACUUGGCUUUUUCGAGAGCAGGUGAAGAAAAGCCGCCCUCGAGCGCCGGGACGAAUCAGACCAGCGGAUAUGUCGCUCAACAACCAUCCGUCAGUCGACAGGCGGCGCUGAAUCAAGGCUACGCAUAUGGACCAGCUGGUCAAUGGCAGCAUCUACAGCCUCCGCCUGAGCUUCCCAAGCGAGAUUGGCGAGACUGGUUCAUCAUGGCCACGGUCGUUGGUGGUGUUGGCUAUGGUUUAUAUGUGGUAGCAAAGAGAUACAUCACACCAUUAAUAGCGCCUCCAACUCCACCUCAACUCCAACAGGACAAAGAGAGUAUUGAUGAACAAUUUUCACGCGCAUUCGCGCUUUUAGAUCAGCUCUCCUCAGAUACUUCGACAUUGAAAGCCACAGAAAAUGCGCGAACCGAGAGACUGGAUGCCGCUCUCCGGGAGGUCGAGGAUGUAGUUGCGGAACUGAAGAGUUCUUCUCGUCGGCGCGACGACGAAACCAGACGUAUUAGCGAGGAGGUCAGAAGCCUAAAAGAUGGAAUCCCCAAGGCGAUUGAAGGCUCAAGGGAAGGAAACGAGAAACGACUCAGAGAUCUUAGUGCAGAACUGAAGAGUUUGAAGAUAUUACUUGGAAACCGACUUGCCGCGGGUACCAGUACAACUGCUGCCGCCCCUCCUGCCCAGAGCGUACCAAACCAGCCGGAAGCAAACAGCGUGCCAGCUACUUCUCAGGCCCAAACAACCAGCGCGGCCUCUACACCCGCGCAAUCGACGUCAGCAACUUCCACAGCCCCUAGCGAAGCUUCGAAGAGUCCAUUCGCAGCUCUGGGUAAACCCGCGAGCAUUCCUGCAUGGCAAAUGGCUGCGGCAAGCAAGUCUAAGCCCGCCACAACAACGUCAUCCACAGAGAAUCCUGGAGAAAGCUCCAGUGCUGGUGCAGAUGUUCAGCCGUCCAGCGCUCCCUGAAGCUGAAGGGUUCCCAUAGGGCAAUUUAUUUAGCUUUAAUUACUAACGGGUGAAAUCUUACAAGAGUCGGAUAUCGAUCCCUAGUGGAACUUCAUUUGCUUAGUAGCUGAGCCAUUUUUUGGCGAUUUCGUCUUCUUGUUCCUUGCAUUAUCUAUAUCUUAGUCGUUUUGAUAAUGUACUAUUCUAAGAGCGGCGUAUCAAUGAAAUUCUGCUUUGAACCCCUGGA